GUUACCGGUCUCGCCAUGGAGCGGAAAGGUGAGCGGUGGAGCGGCCUUCGCCACGAGGGGCAACGGCUGCCGGGGCGAGGCCCGGGCCUGCCGGAGCUUCGCCUAACCGCUGCAGUCCGGUCCCCGGCGGGGCGGCGUCCCUCCACUGUAGAGGCGCCGCCCGUCAACCCUCGCCUCUGGGCUGCGGGUCCGCGCCCCUCAGCCCGUGCGUCCUUCCGCGCCCACAGUCGUCACCCCUUGUUCCCCGCCAGGCCGGCCGGCGCGUUGGGGCCACGACCGGGCCCCGCCCUCGGCGGGCCGGGCAGACCACCGCCCGCCGGCCCCCUGACCCGGCCCGAGCCCCCUCCGGCGCAGCCCGCCUGGGUGCUGCUCCGCGCCCCGUGGGCCGCCGGUCCCCUGCCGGUCGCCUCGCCGAAGCCGCCCCUCUGGCAGGCCCCGCACUCCGGCCUGGCGUCCCUGUUAGGUCUCCACCCUCACCUUGGUUGCCUCCUUCCCUCCACAUUCGCCUUUCAUCCAUCCCUCUCUCCUGCAGUGCUUGCGCUCCAGGCCCGAAAGAAAAGGACCAAGGCCAAGAAGGACAAAGCCCAAAGAAAAUCUGAAACUCAGCACCGAGGCUCUGCUCCCCACUCUGAAAGUGAUCUACCGGAACAGGAAGAGGAGAUUCUGGGAUCUGAUGAUGAUGAGCAGGAAGAUCCCAAUGAUUAUUGUAAAGGAGGUUAUCAUCUGGUGAAAAUUGGAGAUCUAUUCAAUGGGAGAUAUCACGUGAUUCGAAAGUUGGGCUGGGGACACUUUUCAACAGUGUGGUUAUCAUGGGAUAUUCAGGGAAAGAAGUUUGUGGCCAUGAAGGUAGUUAAAAGUGCUGAACAUUAUACUGAAACAGCACUAGAUGAAAUACGGUUGCUGAAAUCAGUUCGCAAUUCAGAUCCUAAUGAUCCAAAUAGAGAAAUGGUUGUUCAACUGCUAGACGACUUUAAGAUAUCAGGAGUUAAUGGAACACAUAUCUGCAUGGUGUUUGAAGUUUUGGGGCAUCAUCUGCUCAAGUGGAUCAUCAAGUCCAAUUAUCAAGGGCUUCCACUGCCUUGUGUCAAGAAAAUUAUACAGCAAGUGUUGCAGGGUCUGGAUUACUUACACACCAAGUGCCGGAUCAUCCACACCGACAUUAAGCCAGAAAACAUCUUGUUGUCCGUGAAUGAGCAGUACAUCCGGAGGCUGGCAGCAGAAGCGACAGAAUGGCAGCGAUCUGGAGCUCCUCCACCUUCUGGAUCUGCAGUCAGUACAGCACCCCAGCCUAAACCAGCUGACAAAAUGUCAAAGAAUAAGAAGAAGAAAUUGAAGAAGAAGCAGAAGCGCCAGGCAGAAUUACUAGAGAAGCGAAUGCAGGAAAUUGAGGAAAUGGAGAAAGAGUCGGGCCCUGGGCAAAAAAGACCAAACAAGCAAGAAGAAUCAGAGAGUCCUGUUGAAACACCCUUGAAAGAGAACCCACCUAAUAAAAUGACCCAAGAAAAACUUGAAGAGUCAAGUACCGUUGACCAGGAUCAAACACUUAUGGAACGUGGUGUAGAGGGUGGUGAAGCAGAAAUUAAUUGCAAUGGAGUAAUUGAAAUCGUUAAUUAUACUGAGAACAGUAAUAAAGAAACAUUGAGGCUUAAAGAGGAUCUACAUAAUGCUAAUGACUGUGCUGUCCAAAAUUUGAAGCAGGAAACUAGUUUCCUAAGCUCCCAAAAUGGAGACAGCAGCACAUCUCAAGAAACAGACUCUUGUACACCUGUUACCUCUGAGGUGUCAGAUCCCAUGAUGUGCCAGUCUGCAUCAACUGUAGAGCAGUCAUUCAGUGAGCAGGACAUCAGUGAGCUUCAAGAAAGCAUUCGAGCAGAGAUCCCCUGUGAAGAUGAGCAAGACCAAGAACAUAAUGGACCACUGGACAACAAAGGAAAAUCCACUGCUGGAAAUUUUCUUGUUAAUCCCCUUGAGCCAAAAAAUGCAGAAAAGCUCCAAGUGAAGAUUGCUGAUCUUGGAAAUGCCUGCUGGGUGCACAAACAUUUCACCGAAGACAUUCAAACAAGGCAAUAUCGCUCCUUGGAAGUUCUGAUAGGAUCUGGCUAUAAUACCCCUGCUGACAUUUGGAGCACAGCAUGCAUGGCCUUUGAACUGGCCACAGGUGACUAUUUGUUUGAACCUCAUUCAGGGGAAGAGUACACUCGAGAUGAAGAUCACAUUGCAUUGAUCAUAGAACUUCUGGGAAAGGUGCCUCGCAAGCUCAUUGUGGCAGGAAAAUAUUCCAAGGAAUUUUUCACCAAAAAAGGUGACCUGAAACACAUCACGAAGCUGAAACCCUGGGGCCUUUUUGAGGUUCUAGUGGAGAAGUAUGAGUGGUCUCAGGAAGAGGCAGCUGGCUUCACGGAUUUCUUACUGCCAAUGUUGGAGCUGGUCCCUGAGAAGAGAGCCACCGCUGCUGAUUGUCUCCGGCACCCUUGGCUCAAUUCCUAAGCCCCCCACCCAGCCCAGCGCUGCAGCAGAGAUCACUUGCUGACCUUCCGCCCCUCCACCCUUCUUCUAGAAUUGCCCUCUUCCCUUUUCAGGGUGAAGCUCUUCCUUCAAGGGUUUCUAGGGGUUUUUUUGUGUGUGUUUUUUGUUUUUUUGUGUGUUUUUUCUUUUUUUUAAUCCAACAUGUUCAUUUGGGUUUGCUUACUUGACCCUGUGGAGGUUCUCCCACAGCCAUUGGGCAUCCUAGGUGAAUUCGGCCUUGAUUGGGCUUUGCCAAAGACUAAUGCACUAAAAUGUGAAACAACCUCUCGCCCUGUACCCAUGUCUUUCUAUUAGGACAUUCUUUCAAUUAGAAGCAGCUUUUUUAAAAAGAGCUAUGAAGACAUAUGAGCUCAUCCUUUUAUUCACUGACUCUAAGAGUCAAAUUUUCUAGUGCAUAUCCUAUUGCCGCAUAAGGAUGAGAGCAGGGAAAGGGUGUUAAUUCUCUGGGCAGCGGAGACAUUAAACUUGCUGUAUCCAGGCUGCAUCAUCUUCCUGGAUCGUUUCUGUUCUUCUCUACGUUAUUUUUUCCUGUGACUUUUAAGCUACUAUCUUUUUAAAUGAGCUGUAUAAACACCAAAUUUGGGUACCAUUUUAUCACUGUUCAAAAGCACUGUCAUAUUUUCAUCCUUUCAUAACUCUAAGAUCCUUGAAUCUUCAGUCUGAUUUUUGGUGGAAACAAAAACAACCAUUGACUAGUAAUUUCUUCAGAACCACAGAUGUUCUAUAAUCAGUCCGUUCCUGUGUGUCUUCUGUUACCCUAACAGCAGUUAUUUUGAUUGGCUAUUUGUUUUGUGUUUUGUUUUUUUCAUCCCUGGCUGGCACUUUACUCAUUGCACUUGAGUUUAUUGCCCCAUAACUAAAGAAUUCAGGAUGACUCUAGAAAAGUGGUCUGGAUUUCAGAGAUUUCCCAGCUAAGAAGAAAAUAUCCUAGAGUUCUUGAUUCUUUUCAAAACAGUUCCCUUUUAUUUACAGCUUUUUCUUUACCUUGUCCAAAAUUUAGCCUUGAAGCAGUUUCCCUCUGUGGCUUUGCCUUUCUCAUUUUCUCGGAGCCUUCAGGUCUUAAAUGAAAUCCCAGGAUAAAAGAACCAAGGGGAGGGGUGGGAUGGUACUUUUUUCAUUGUUUAUUUUGAGUAUUUUGUUUUGGCUUUUUUUUUUUUUUUUUUUUUGGUUGGUUGGUUGGUUGAAGAUUAGACAUUCUCUGCUGCUAUUUCCUUGUAUAAUGUAAGUUUUUUAACUGCAAUUUCGAGAUGUACUUGAGGCUUUUUUUUUUUUUUUUUUUUUUAAAUGAGAAAGGCUUUGUGCAUCUUAUUUAGGAUGGGCCUCUCCUAGACUUGCCCUACAUUACAUAUUCCUCGGGUCAUAUUGAAAAGCAAAAGAGGGGCAGGAUUGAGGUCACCACCGCUCGGUCAGCGUGGACCAAGGGGGCCUUGGGGAUUACUGCAUCCUCCAGAAGUGGCUACAGGACUGCUUUACAGAAAGCCAAGGAGGUGCGACUUGAGGCUCUGCUAGCAAAGCUACCAACGAGACUGCUGAGUAGCCAACUUUCUACACAGGAGAUUGGAAUCUAGAUUUAUCCACCAACAAUGGCAAAGGAAAAAGUGGCGCAAUUAUGCAAUCCAUUUAACUCAUAAACAUAUUAUUAUGGCCAGCCAUUCAUCGGAUCCUUGAUUGGGUAGUCCUGAAAUCAGACAUGUUCCUGUAGAAAGAAUUUUAAGUGAGGCUGUCUAUGCACGUAUCAAGAAUAAAGAGAAUAGAUUGUAUCAAACGGCAGGGAAAAUCCUUCAGCAGUUCUUAUCCACUUUGGAUUUUCAGCGAUACAUACAUCUAAAGCAAUAGCAAACAAGAACUGAAUUCUUCUCUUCACUGUAAAAUCACAAUUGUGGAAUUCUGGUGAUGAUGUUAAAGUGAAAUAACCAAAACACACAAAUAGAAGGCCCCAUUUUGACAACUGACAUGAAAUUUUAGUAAGAGAGAACCUAUAACUUCAUUUUGGAAAUGUUUCCCCACCAAAUAAGGGCUUUCCCCCCAUCAUUUAAGGAGCCAGAUGAAUUAGAAGCUGUGGAAAGAGGCAGCUGUAGAAUUUGAUCUUCAAGUACCCCCAUACCUUUGUUGAAUUUAAUCAUAAUUCUGUCAAAUUGCCAUGAUCUCACUAAAGGAUUUCUAUUUGCUGUCAGUUAAAAAUAAAACCCUGAAUACAUUUUUAUUCUUUCUACUGGGUGCAUCGUCUGUUUUCUUUGUCAAUGCAAUACAAUAAAUAAUUUAAUAACCUA